AUGUGGAACGAUGGCUAUGUUGCUGUGGGUUUCACUUUUUAUUUUUUUACGAAAAUGUAGAAUUUAUUAAUAUAAAUGUGAUUCAGAAGCAAUUUUUUUGAUUUUUUUCAAGUGUUGAAAAGUCAAUUUUGAAAUUUUUUGUUAAAAUUAUAUCCGCAAUCUGCUUGAAAAACUUCAAGAUUUUUGAGAAAUUCAAAUCCAUUUUUUUAGCGGUGAAAUUAUCAAAAUGAUCCGUUUCUAAAUUAGAAUCGUUCUUUGAAAAGACGUGUAAUUUAGUUCCUGACACUUUUCAAAAACAUUUUUUUGAAUCUGAAUCCAAGAAGCAGUUUUUCUUUUUGUAAUAGAAAAAAAGGUGUUGCAAAAAGUAUAUUUUUCAUUGUGAAAAAGAGAAUUUUUCUGCAGCAUCUAGUAAAAAAAUUCAAUAAAUAAGGAAUUUUUUUCCCCUGAAGAGUCUUGUGAAUAAAGUUUAAGGAAAGACAUCAGUUGAUUUUGGUAUUUUUUUGAGAAAUUAGGUCUCCUGAGAAUUUUUUAAAACAAACGAGAAAAAACGAGAAAACUUAUUGAAGUACCAGAAGAAGAUUCUGAAGUUUUGAGCCUGUGUAACUUUUUUUUUCCAUAAAAAGGGCUCAAUUUCCUAAGAUGGGGCAUUUUAACGGAUUUUGAGAGUUUUUGUGACUUUGAAGUUUUUUUUCUUAAAAGAUAGGGAGCUGUGAAAGAUGACUGGUCAGUUUUUUUGGAAAUACCCGACCGCCAAGUAAAAUAACGUUCCUUGUAGGCAGAAAAAAAAAAAGUAUUUGCAGGUCUCAAUAUUUCUUGGUACAGUAUCCAUUAUCAUCACGAUUUUCGUCAUUCUGUUCAACUUCCGUCUUUGUCACAUCAUCAGCGACACAAGAAACUCCCAAACGCUCUCGAAUACGAGGAAAAUCUUGUCCCGAGGCCGCAGCGCCGUCAGCAACGGAAUGGUUCGUUUGGGUUCAUCGAAAAUGUGA